CGAUCCCCCGUGUAAGAGUGAGGAUGAGGACGUUCCAGUCCAUGUGACCACAGGAGAUUCCAGUAGCAACUCUGAGUCAUCACUAAAUUAUAAAGUAGAAGAUGAAGAUAUGAUGCAGCGCUCUUCAGGAGAAAACCUCAUGACCUUUAAUAUAUAUCCGGAUCCUAACAGUACAGAUCUACAGUAUAAUCCUCCUAAUCACGAUGAACCUUCUCCUGACCAGUCACACAUUGUGACCACAAGCACCGGUCAGAAAGGGGUUAAAAGUUAUCAAUGUGGGGAAUGUGGAAAACAAUUUACACACAGCUCACAUCUCUGUACACACAGAAGAAUUCACACAGGAGAGAAGCCAUACUCCUGUUCAGAAUGUGGGAAAUGUUUUACUCAGAAGUCAUGCCUUGAUCAACAUGAGAGAAUUCACACAGGGGAGAAGCCAUAUUCAUGUGUUCAGUGUGGGAAAUGUUUUGCCCGAAAAUCAGGCCUUGUUAAACAUCAGCAGACUCACACAGGAGAGAAGCCAUAUCCAUGUUCAGAAUGUGGGAAAUGUUUUAAUGCAAAAUCAAAUCUUAUUAAACAUGAGAAGAGUCACACAGGAGAGAAGCUGUUUCCUUGUUAUCAAUGUGGGAAAUGUUUUAUAGAUAAAUCCCAUCUUGUUAGACAUGAGAGAAUUCACACCGGAGAGAAGCCGUUUUCAUGCUCUGAAUGUGGGAAAUGUUUUCGAUCAAGAUCAAAUCUCUUUAGACAUGAGAGAAGUCACACCGGGGAGAAGCCGUUUUCCUGCUCUGAAUGUGAGAAAUGCUUUAUUACUAAAGCAAAACUCCAGGAUCAUCAAAGAACUCACACAGGAGAGAAACCAUAUUCAUGCUCAGAAUGCGGGAAAUGUUUUAUAGAAAAAUCAAAACUUGUUAUACAUGAAAGAUUUCAUACAGGGGAUAAGCUGUUUACAUGCUCAGAAUGUGGGAAAAGUUUUACACAUAAAUCAAAUCUUGUUUCACAUGAAAGAACUCACACAGGAGAGAAGCCAUAUUCAUGUUCUGAAUGUGGGAGAUGUUUUGUCUAUAAAUCAAGUCUUGUUGCACAUCAGAAGAUUCACACAGGAGAGAAGCCGUUUUGAUGUUCUACAGUAUAUAUGAAAAAUGUUUUCUAAAAAAAAAAAUUCUGAGAAUCCACAAAGAAGAAAUAUUCUUGUUUGGAAUGUGGAAAAUGCUAUAAGAACAAUCAGGACUUCACCCAAUUUUUAGUGAAGGUAUUUCAAGUAGUUUUAGUAAGCUUAACCACCCUUUCUAACAGCCUCUUCUGUGGAGCGAGGCUUAGCGUUCCCAUCUGGAUGUUCAGUGUAUACAGGAAUCACAUCUUAAGAAGUUGGACUUUACCUGUAUAUUUGCAUCUGUGAAGCCGUUGUCACCAUUAAGAACUCCAUAGCGUGCGGUCUUAUCCAGAUGGCAGAUUUAUCACACUGGCAGCUACCCUAAACAAUCGUACCUGUAAGACAGCCUGUAUCUAUGCACUAAAGACACAUUCUUUGGUAUUGUAUUUAUACUAAUAAAAAGUUAGGGCUGUUUUAACCCCUUCUACCCCGGGCCAGUUUUCGCCUUCCUGACCAGGCCUAAUUUUGCAAAUCUGAUGUGUCACUUUAUGUGGUAAUA